AUGCUAGCCUCGGAGCCGCCUGGCCGCCCUGCCUGGGAUGGAUUUAGAAGAAGCUUUCCAUAUUGUCGGCGAGUUUGGACCCUACCAGAAGCGAGCGGUGGCUGUUCUCGUCCUGACACAGGUGUACAUGGCCUGUCAGUCCAUGCUCAUCGUUCUGGUUGGAUCGACUCCAGAGUACCGGAUCGAGCAGCAGGACGUGGUCCCGUCGAGCCAGCAGUCAGUCGCCUUCACCGAGGACAUCGACUCCAUAGUGACCGAGUGGUUCCUCGUCAAGCAGCAGGCCUAUAAGGUCAGUCUUGCUGGAUCGCUGUUCUUCGCGGGGCUUCUGGUCGGGAACGUUGUUUUUGGGCCGCUCUCUGACAAGAUUGGAAGAAGACCCGUUUACCUGACAGGUCUCUUUUUUGAGGUGAUCUUCGGCUAUGUGACCGCCUUGGCGCCCAGCUACGAGGUCUUCGCCCUGUCUCGCCUCCUGGUCGGGCUGAUGAACGGCGGCAUCGGCCUCGUCUGUUUCGUCCUCACUCAGGAGUACGUGGGCAAGUCCUACCGGGCCAUGACCGGGACGUUGACCAGCAUGACGUUUGCGGUUGGCAUCGCCCUGUUCGGAGCUCUGGGCUACUUUAUCCGGCCGUGGAGGAACCUGGCCACGGCGGCCAACUCAUCCGGCGUCCUGUUCUUCCUGCUGUCCGUAACUCUUCCAGAGUCUCCUCGGUGGCUGUAUUCCCAGGGCCAGACGGAACAGGCUGAAGAGGUUCUACGCUACAUGGCGCUGAGGAACGGCAACGCUGCCAAACACCUGAUGCUGCAGCGCGUUGGUGCUGCUAAACCUGGUAGCCAUAGCAACGGGGGUGCCGGUGUCCUGCAGCUGGUGGUCCAUCCAGUCCUCCGCCUGAGGACCAUGGUGCUCAUGUAUGUCUGGUAUGCUUGCAGUCUGGUUUACUAUGGCCUGACUCUGGGGGCCAGCGAGACGUCUGGUAGCCGGUACCUGAACGUAGCCAUGUACGGCCUGGUGGAGCUGCCCGCCUACCCGCUCUGCAUUUACUUCAUCAACAAACAGUGGGCUGGGAGGAGGAAAAGCAUGGCCAGUUUCCUGUGUCUGGCUGGCUCUGCCUGCCUCCUCACCAUGUUCAUUCCUGAAAACACCGGGACCUUGCUGAGUGUUACGUCGAUGGCGCUUCUGGGAAAACUGAUGGUCAGUGCAGCGUUCAACAUCGCCUACGUCUACACGUCUGAGCUCUACCCAACGGUUAUCAGAAACGCUGGUUUGGGAGUUUGUUCAAUGUCAUGCAGAGUUGGAGGAAUCCUGGCACCGUUUGUUCCCUCCAUGCGGGCGCUCCACAGCUCCAUGCCCUUCACCGUGUUCUGUCUGAGCGGCCUGUCUGCAGGCUGUCUGGGCCUCCUGCUGCCCGAAACCCUCAACACACCCGCAGCAGAAACUCUGGAGGAGCUGGGCAGCCCCACGCACAGCCGAGUGCUGGAGAGCAAGCCUCUUCUGUAUGAAGACGACAAGUGGAAGUCCAACCACGAAUGAAGCCUCACCAGAGCCCGUUCCUCGGGGAGCUGCUGCCUCCAAGCGGCCUUCUGGUUCACAUCACAGAUGGGUGGAUGCUGAGCGGCGCUUCAGCCGGCAGGACGAGGCUGUCGUCAACCCACCGGGAGGUUUUUCAUUUCAUAGGAAGGCCAAUCGAUCCUCUGCCUUCAUUUGACUUCCUGACUGAGGUCAUGAUGUUUGUGCCUUAUUGGAAGGUGGACAGCAGGGAGAGACAGAAGACACGACUUCCUGUGCAUUCCAGAGAUGCUGCAGGUUUGUAGGAGCUGAAGAUACUUUGUCAGGCUCCACUUUCCCUGCAGCCAGAGACCCAACACACAUUCCCAGACGAUGAAGUUCAACACAUUCCUGGAGUUAGCUUUCUAGGACCACACUGAAUGUUUGAGGCCAUGAAGUCUUUCCUAUGUACACGUGCUAAAGUGACCAGAGACAAAACCAGCAUCUUGUGGGGGUUCAGACCCUGUUGAAGGUCCGUGUUCAGAGCUGUGGUGCUGAUACAUGCUGCUGAUCCAUCAGAACACCAUCAGACACAAUGUGUGGUUUUAUGUCUCAGUCAAGCUCCGUUGGAGACUCGUCAUUCCAUAACGGUCACAGGACUCUGUGGACUUGAAGCCUCGACACCUGGAGCAGCUUCUGGGGGUUGUGUUGCUGCUGUCACAUGUUUCUUCACUGUUUGCUCAUUUUCCACUUCAGUAUGAAGUCCUGCAGCUCUGUGGAAACAGCACGACCACAACUACAGCUAGACAGAGCUCAGAAAGGCCCUGUGUGCAGUAGGACACGGUUAUUAUGCCAAACACAUAUAAACCUGGAAAUAACAGAAGGUACAUUUCUUAAUCACUUAUUUUUAAUGAAUUGAAAACCAACUGCCCACUGGCCUGAAUCUGUGUCACCUGACCCUGGUUGCAGCUGAGUAAUUAUUGACUUCACAGUCCACUGAGGAGUGAAGAACUUUAUUUUUUUACAGAAUCUAUUCAGAGCAAACAGUUAAUUUUGAGCAUUUUUUAAAAACGCGGGACAUAUGAAUUAAAGGGAUUUUGAUGAAAUAUUACAAUUUCAAGCUUUGGUUUGGUAAAUACGUGUCACAGAGGAGUAGUUCAAGGACAUUUCUUUCUAUUCUUCCUGUUUUUACAGUUUGUGACGGAUUCACUGAUGCUUCUUUGUAACGUGACGCGCCUUACAAACCUGCUGCAGGGCUUCUGGGCUCCACUGGAGAUGCUCAGAGCUUCUAGAGAAACCUGUUAUUGAUUCUCUGACUGUCAAGGGGAUUAAAUCCCAGGAGCUCGUACAGUUCUGACAUGUCACACCUGGCUGUGAGAUGUUUGUUUCCUCUGAAGUCGGGUUCUGCGUCUGUUUUUGUGGCUGUGACAGCUGCUGCAGCUGGAUGUGAACAUCUGUGUUCAUAUAUUGAUACCUGACAAAGAGGAACAAGUUUAGCACAAAGCGGGUACUGCAAGGUGAGAGGUUCUGUUUAGUCCGUCAAAACAAAAUGUUUGUGGAUUCAAUCAGCUGAGGGUCUAAUUAAAGAACCUCUCAGUUUAUGCAAUGAUACGUCACCAUGACUUCACGCUAACCAAUAGGUGGAUGAUCAAUCAAACCUUUGCCCAUUUCCAAUCCAGCGCCCUGACCAGAAUGAUGUAUGUAAGUUCAACAACAUGGCAACACUCAUUCUGCCUACUGUGCCUUCUUAGUAAGUCCGUAACUGCGACCAAGGUGUAAAGUAUUAAAAAGAAAGACGCCAGUAAAUAGCGAUUAAGGUGUAAUCAGAGGGGCUAAAUGUUUUGUGGGCUGAUGUUUCAUGCUGGUGCAGCUUGUAGAUGAAGUGAAUGUACAGCGAUACCUGUGGUCUCAUGUAUUUGUGUAAAAGGCAGUAAACACUUGGAAACUU